UGCUUACACCGGACCGGAUCUCCAUGUUGUUCCGUCAGCUACGGAGUGAACAAGUGCCCCGGUCGAAAACUCUCACGUUGCAACUCUGUGUUUGAGAAGUGUGUGCGUGUGUGAGUGUGUUGACCCUCCGAGAGAAGAUGGCAGACUACCGGGACGACACCGGGGCUCGAGCUUUGCUCGCUCUCCAGUCCGCGCCGUGCAGCCCGGUGCGCGUCGCCGUGACCUCGCACCCCUUCCACCAGCCCUCGCUCGCCCUCCUGGGUCCUCCGGUAAUGGAAGCCCGCAGCGACGCUGGGAUUCUCCCCGUGCGUCUCGCCUCCCCACGCUCGCAGGCCCUGGCCAGGCUCGAGGGCCGGGACUUUGAGUUUGUCAUGCGCCAGAGGACAGUCACCAUAGGCCGGAACUCGUCCCACGGCUCCGUGGACAUCAACAUGGGUCACUCUAGCUUCAUUUCACGGCGACACCUGCAGGUCAGCUACGAUGAGGCGGGUGGCUUCUCUCUCCGGUGCCUGGGCAAGAACGGCGUGUUCGUGGAUGGGGUGUUCCAGCGGAGGGGUGCGCCGCCGCUGCCGCUGCCCAGAGAGUGUGUGUUUCGCUUUCCGAGUACGGUGAUCAAGAUCCAGUUCACGUCACUCCUGGAGGUUGAGGAGCACAGGGAGAAAGAGCAGCCCUCUCCUCCCCCUCGUCAACUUCUGCCCCACAUCUCCCCCCUCAAAAUCAGCAUUCCCACUCUGCAGCAGCAUGAGGAGCACAUCAGGGCUUUUGGCUCUCCACUGCCGUCUCCCACAGGCACCAUCAGUGUUCCUAACUCCUGUCCAGCCAGUCCCCGAGGGGCAGGAUCAUCAGGGUAUCGCUAUGGACGCAACGUGACCUCCGACCUCCAGUUAGCAGCUGAAUAUGCUGCCAAGGCCGUUUCUGAGCAGAGACGGAGUAUUGCUGAGCAGAGAGGUGGGGGGAGUGAGCAGCGAGGGGAGUCAGCAGGAGGAGACAGCCCCAAGGAUGAGUCCAAGCCUCCUUAUUCAUAUGCACAGUUGAUCGUCCAGGCCAUUUCUUCAGCCCCGGACAAGCAACUGACUCUCAGCGGCAUCUACGCCCACAUCACCAAACACUACCCCUACUAUCGCACUGCAGACAAGGGCUGGCAGAACUCAAUCAGACACAAUCUGUCUCUGAACCGCUACUUUGUGAAAGUGGCCCGCUCUCAGGACGAGCCGGGGAAGGGAAGCUUUUGGCGUGUGGAUUCGGCCUCAGAGACCAAGCUGGUAGAGCAAGCCUUCAGGAAAAGACGGCAGAGAGGGGUGGCUUGCUUCAGGACUCCAUUUGGACCACUAUCCUCAAGAACAAAGAGCGCCCCUGCCUCCCCGACCCACCAGGGACUUCUCUCCCCUCCAUCCAGCGGGCUGCAGACUCCUGAAUGUCUGAGCAGAGAGGGCUCCCCGAUCCCCCACGACCACCACGAGCAGCUGGCGCACAAACUGGCAUCAGUACCUGAGUACAGGUAUUCUCAGAGCGCCCCAGGAUCUCCAGUCAGCGUUCAGCCCGUCAUCAUGGCCGCUCCCCCUCACCCCACAGUAAUGCCCUCGGGCUCCGGGAAAGCCCUCGCUUUGGUUCCUGGCGGCGGCGGCGGCCAAGUCCAGCCCAUCCAUGUCCUCCAGCACCCCCCUCAGUCCUCCAUCACCAUGGUGCGCGUGGUGACCAGCGCACCCUCCAACCCCGCCAACGGGUACAGCUCCCCCGCUGUCGGAGGAGCGGAGGGCAGCAGCGAAGUCAGAGAAGCUCAGCUGAACAGAGAGCGAGUCAUCCAGACCGUGGACAGCGCGGUGCAGGGCGUGGACGGACGUAACCUGACCCCAGGUUUACAUCAACUCCCUGUUCGGGCCGUUACCCAAAAUGGCAAACACACCAUUGCUGCUGUUGCCACGGCAACCAGCUUUGCUAACGCAUCCGGUCUCAGCAGCCCCCUGCAGAUCUUGGCCGCUCAGGCCUCCAGCUCCCCUCCAGUGCUGGUCAGCAGGCAGCCCAGUGCAGAAGCUCCAGCCGUGCAGGCAGGAGAGCCUCAGGCCAAGCGGCCAAAGAUGGAGGACGGCGGGGUGACUGAUUCGGCUCAGCAUCAAGUCCUGCCCACGCAGCAGCAGCAGCCUGUCAUUGUUGCCAUGACAACACAAACCCAUGACCCCAGACAGUAAAACCCAGGGCUUCCUGGCAGGUACCUGAUGGACAGCCUCUGUAUCAUCUCCAUAACGCUUCGCCUUCUAUAUUCAUUUGAAAUGACUGCAGCGGCGUGCGAGGCAGCCUCUCACAAGGGAAUUCAACUGUAAAGAACACACGCUUUGGUUAAAGUUAGAUAAAAACUUCAAAAUCUUCUUUUCCGAAAAGGCAAAUGAACUUAAAGGAGUCUUUUCUGUCCCGACUUAAUCUGUCGUCAUUCACAGACCAACACGGAUCUCGUUCUUAUUAUGCACAUUAAUAUGAUUUCAGCUCGACCUCUGCCGUGUGGAUGCUCAGUAAUAACUCGGAUCCGGCGUUCCGUGCUGUUGACGGGUAACGUCCAUCACUGUUUAUCAGUCUCAGGCCAAAGAACUUUCCUCCAGCACGCAUCCGAUCCCGGUCGCUGCCUGAUUCAAAAAUCCAACAGUGUGUGUUCAGAGACGCGAAGCUGUUGGUAUGUGGUGCAGUUUCAGAGAGGCCGCUGUGGCUGGAUCUGCAUUCCCUCGGACCGGGUGUAAUGCGACCCGCGAGACUGUUGAGAAUAUGAUUGUACUCUUCAUUAAGCUGUCAGGUGAGGCAGAAGACCUUAAGGAGGUUGUCUCAGGAGAAGAAAAGACCGACGUUAACACUGAGGCUGAAUGCGAGACGUCUCUUCUUCUUGGCAAAGCACAAAAAAGAAAAUGUUCUUUUUCUGUGAGGAAAUCCAGGGACGAUGAACCAGCAGUUUGCAGUUCUGGCUGGCUUCAUUCAGCUCAGUGUGGUUUCUAAACAGAUCUGGCUGAUUGGAGGACAGACGAGGGCGAAAAAAAGAGGCAACUAUUUGGAGUUGAUUGAAGUGGAGCUAACCUAAUGUAGACAAACUGAUUGUUUUAAUUUUGUUUUCUUGUUUCAGUAGUGGUAAAUGGACGGAUGAAACAAGCCUGUGCGUGCAGUUUUGUUUGUAUUCGCACAGAAAGAGAAAAGCAUUAUUGGUAAUAAUCCUUAAAGCCUUAAAUAUUUCUACCAUAUUUUUUGUUUGUCGUUUUAUUUUAACCUUUAGGCGGCUUCACCAUUUUAGAUUAACAUAGCGCUUUAACAGCAUGCGAUCGGCAACACUACAGCGGUGACACUUCAGUCGAACUAUAUCAGUCUUUCUAUUCAGGGGAAGGGCGGGACCAACACACGACCACACAAUCUCUCCUGCUCUCUUCAUUUCCUUUCACUCUACGGUACCUUCAAUAUCCUCUCUCUUUCGCUCUUCUCGGUUUUCCACUGUUUUACUUCCAUAUUUCCCUUAAAUUCCUUUAGCUCUUUUUCUUUUUUUUGUUUCUUCCUCUCGCUCUCCCUCUCCUCAUCCUAACCGAGUUGUCUUUGCCGUCUCCUCCGAGGCACAGAGCUGCUGGCACGUCCUGUCACAGACGCCGCCUUAAUUAGAUCUCCUUUAGCACUUUUCUCCCCAGCUCUGCCUUUAGCUUUUCCUCCCUUUUUUUCUUCUUCUUGUUGUUUUAGUUUUUUUUUAAAGCUAGCAUUCAGGCACACAAAAUUCUGUGAUUGUUGUUGCACAUUAUAAAAAAACAAAAAGAAAACAAGUUUAAAAAAAAAUGCGUAAUGAUUGUAUGCUGCUCUUUCUGCUAAAUGACAAAGCUAUUUAGAAGGUAUUUUUUCCUAUUUUGGCAAAAAAAGAAAAAAAUAUUUUGCUAUAUGUACAAACAGCUGUCAUCAAUACAUAAAACAUUCUGGAAAUAGAAAAUAGAGAAGUAUAUGUAUUUUUAAAUGUUUUUGUGAUUUGUUAAAAUGUGUAGCACAAAUUAAAAUUCCUCAUUGAC